UCCAUCCACUUGACACAAUAAAGGGCACUCAACAUCAGUGCAAUGUUUUGAUAAAAAAAAAAAAAAAACAUAAUUUUAGUGAUCGGUGAAUUUUAAACACAAAAUUUUGCUGAUUUAAUCAAAUUUAAAUUUAUUUUUUGAUAUCAAAUUAGAAAUUCCUUCAAAAUGGUAGAUUUUUCGUAUGGAGUCAUUACUGUCUCUGACACAUGCCAUCGAAAUGAGGCAAUCGACAAAAGUGGCCCAAAGAUCAAAAUGCUCCUCCAAAACUACUUCAAUGCCUUUAAAGUCACCCAAUCGACAGUUCCAGAUGAGAUUGUUGAAAUUGAGAAGAUUUUGCUGUACUACUCGGACGAUCUUAAGCUCAAUUGCAUUAUUACAACAGGUGGAACUGGAUGUGCUCCUCGUGAUGUGACUCCAGAAGCAACAAAGAAGGUCAUUGAACGUGAAUUUCCACAACUUGCUUUCCUCAUGUUAAUGGAAGGACUUAGAAUCACUCGAUUUGCAGCACUGACGAGAGGAAUUUGUGGAAUUCGUGGACAAACUUUGAUCCUUAAUUUCCCUGGCAGUGUUAAGGCAUGCACUGAGUGCUUUGAUGCUGUUCGUGAGCUGUUGCCACACGCAAUGGAACUGAUUUGUGAUAUGAAGAACAAAACGCAAGAGAUGCAUAAGAUGAUUCAGGAUUUUAAAGCAGUUGAUGGACCACCGGCUUAUUAUGAAGUUGCUAGGACUGAAGAGAAAGAGAGGGAAGUUGCUGGAAAGCCUGGAGAUGAUGAAGCAUCAUCAACAACAUCAAAAUCCUUACCUGAUUCAUCGACCGAUCACAAAGUCGACCUCUACAAAGCAUUUACAUCCAAAACAUCAAGUCAAUCCAAAUACAGUGACUUUAGCGAGUUCUUGCAACAAUCAUCGUCAAGCUUAGAUGAUGCAAUACUCGGUGGUGUCCUUGACAAGAUUUCUGACUCAAGCAGCAUUUUCAGCCAGCUUUCAUCAUCAAUUACUGUUGCUGCUCCCGUUAGUCCAAUGUCUUUAGCACAAGGAAGUACAAGCAAAGCUAGUUUGAUUGAAAAUCAACCAGAACCAGUUCCAGCAACUCCACCAAAACACGUCUGUCCUCAUAAGACAGCCAAUCUAUCCGAUAAAUCUGACCGGAACUCACCGUAUCCAAUGAUUGACGUAGCUAAGGCUCUGGACAUAAUUUUUGAUAAAGUUGGUCAAAUUUCCAAGCCAAUGACCUACAAAAGUCCUUUAAAUUGCCCUCCAUUCCGUGCAAGUAUUAAGGAUGGAUAUGCUAUGAAGUCGUCCUCAAACUCGCCAUUCAGACGAGUCAUUGGAUUCGUUAAUGCUGGCGAUGGAAUCAUUAAAUCUAAUUUUGCAGAUGAGGAGUGCUACAAGAUUAAUACAGGUGCUCCAGUUCCUGAUUAUGCUGACUGUGUCAUUCAGGUUGAGGAUACAAAAUUAGCGUCUAGGCAUUCUGAUGGAACUGAAAAUGAGAUCGAAAUAAAACAAUUUCCACAUAAGAACCUGGACAUCCGUGACGUUGGAACUGAUUUAAAGAAAAAUGAUAUUUUAUUUACAACAAGUGGAAUUUUGGAUGUUGCUGAGAAGACACUGCUUGCAUCUGUUGGACUGAAUCAUACUCAAAAGAUGCCAAAGAUUGCGAUUAUUUCAACAGGUGAUGAACUUGUGGAACCGACGUCUGGUGACCUGCAAGAUGGCAAAAUUUACGACUCAAAUACGACAAUGUUGAAGCUGCUAUGUCAAAAGUAUGGAUUUGAUGUCAAGUUCACUAGAAUAGCUAAGGAUGACUAUGAAUCCUUAAAGAUUGUAGUUCAAGCAGCCAUAAAAGACUGUCAAGUCAUAAUAAGCAGUGGUGGUGUCUCGAUGGGCGAUAAAGACUUUGUUAAGCCACUUUUGAAGGAACUAGACUUUGAGAUUCAUUUCGGACGUGUUAAUGUGAAGCCAGGCAAGCCAAUGACAUUCGCAUCUAAUGGAACCGGAACUUCAUUCUUUGCAUUGCCCGGAAAUCCAGUUUCAGCUUUUGUAUGCUUCCAUAUUUUUGUGAUGCCUGCUUUGAGAUUCAUGAGUGGAUUUACAAAGACUAAGUCAGUUCUUCCAACAAUUUCAGUCAUCCUACAAGAUCCAAAGUAUGAAUUAGAUCAACGACCCGAAUUUGUCAGAGCUACGAUCUCGUACAGUAAUAAGACUAAAUUUUAUUAUGCACAAAUUACAUCGAAUCAAAUAAGCAGCAGAGUUGCAAGUCUUAUUCAUGCUGAUGUCUUGUUGCAACUUCCAUCGGCAUCUGAAUUCACAAAUGGUGUUCUUGGCAAAGGAUCAAAGUUGAAGGCACUUGUGAUUGAUCAGUUCUUUGUGACAUCAAUUCUUGAUUAAGAUUUAGAUUUUUUAGCGCAUUUUUGUAUACUUGUAUACAAAAAGGUAGCUUAAUAACUCACUUUGUUCGGCUGCUAACCGAGAUCUCAUCAACAAGACAUCGUAGAGAGCUCGGGUUUGUUUUAUUAGCUCAUUUUUAUCGUGUUAUUCCGGUAUCGAUUAGUAAGAAAGCUUAAAACAAUGGCUUUGUACUUUAAUUAAUAAUUUCUUUAAUUUCAACAGUGUAACCUGUUCAAAUUUUUUUCGACUACCUCUAUAAAUUCAAAUUUUUAAAAGUCGUUAAAAUUUGAAUUUCGAAAAACCGUUAAAUGAUAAACUCUUUCUGUAUGGAAAUUUAUUGCAAUAAGUUAUUUAAUUAUACUAUAAUUAAUGUUUUCGUAGUGCAACUUUUAACGGCAAAAUUUCAAAUUAUUUUUUAACCGUUAAAUAAUAAAGCUUUUCUAUAUAAGCAUACAUUGUAAUUAUUUGUUAAUUACACUAAAAUUAAUGAUCUUCUAAUCUUCUAAUGAUCUGUAAAUGAACGCAAAAUAAUUACAUAAUCAAAUACUGAUCGCUAAAACAAAAAUGCGCUUAAUUCCUUCGAUCAAUAACACGAGGACUUCUGUAAUUUUUUU